AAGUUGGGAGCUGGUGGGCGCGCGCCUUACUCGUUACCCGUCAUCCCUUUGGGCUCCGCCCCCUCCUCUUCCUCUUCCCUAACCGUUUCGCUUCUUGUUUCUUCUCGUCAAGAUGGCGGACCGGAGGAGGCAGCGCGCUUCCCAGGACAGCAGUGAGGAGGACGAGUCGGACUCGCCGCCUGGGAGCGCGGCCCCUUCGCCGAGGGGCGCCCUCCGCCUCGGACUCGCCGGCUCCGCGGCCAACGCUAGCAAUGCAGGCGGUGGAGGCACCGCGGUUGUUGUUACUGCCGUCGCCGCCACUGCUGUUCCUGCCUCUGCCGGUCCUGAAAACGUGGAGGCGGCUCUGACGGCGGGAGGAAGCCCGGCCGACUCGGAGUGUGAAAGUGAAGAUGGCAUAGAAGGAGAUGCUGUUCUCUCUGACUAUGAAAGUGCUGAAGACUCAGAGGCUGAAGAGGGAGAAUAUAGUGAGGAAGAAACAUCCAAAGUAGAGUUGAAGCGGGAAAAUAAUGUCACUGAUUUGACAACAAAAUCAGGCAAAGGAGAUGAAAAACCAGAAUCAAAAGGCACUGUGGCAGGGGAGAGGCAAAGCGGGGAUGGGCAGGAGAGUACUGAACCAGCUGAGAACAAAGCUGGCAAAAAACAUCCUAAGCACUUGGAUGAUGAUGAAGAUCGAAAGAACCCUGCCUACAUCCCUCGCAAAGGUCUUUUCUUUGAACAUGACCUUCGUGGGCAAACCCAGGAAGAGGAAGUCCGGCCUAAGGGGCGCCAGCGUAAACUCUGGAAGGAUGAGGGCCGCUGGGAGCAUGACAAGUUCCGGGAAGAUGAACAAGCACCAAAAACAAGGCAGGAGUUGAUUGCUCUAUAUGGCUAUGAUAUCCGCUCAUCACACAACGCUGAUGACAUUAAGCCUAGAAGAGUACGCAAACCAAGAUUUGGGAGUCCACCACAGAGAGAGCCAAACUGGCCUAGUAAGCCCCCACGACACCAGAACACAGACAGUGCUGCUGUGCCACCCCGGACAUUCAUCAACCGGAAUCCAGCAGGGACAGGACGCAUGCCCCCACCUAGGACUUUCCCAAGGCCUGGUGGCUACAAAGAGACUCGCCCAAGCUAUCGUGCUGUGGAUGUGAACAGCCAGCAUGCUCCUCGCUUCAGUGAGCAGUCAAAGCAUGAGAGCAGUUAUCGGCCUAGGCGCUCAGAACCAGUACCUGCACGGGAGCCUUCUCCUGAGCCAGAGAUCUUGUAUGUUCGCAACAGCCCUGAGAGAAAGGAAGAGAUAGUUCCAGAAGUCCAGCCAACUCCUUCAGAUAUUUUGCAGCCACCUCCAGAUAGGCCUGUGGAAAAGAAGUCGUAUUCUCGAGCGAGGAGGACCAGGAACAAAGCAGGCGAGACGGGGAAACUGGCAGAUGAGGUCCCACUUCCAUCGGCGUUGGCACCUGUGCCACUGAAGACGGCGGAAGUUAUACCAUCCCCUUCCCCAGCAAAGACUAAUAACUGGGAGGUGCCUGUUGAAACGAGUCUAGAUGGUCUCGAGCAGGAUAUGACCCAGAUGAGUAUAACAGAACAGAACUGGAACCAGGGCCAACCUCAGUUCAUACAACCUCAGGGUAUUCCCAACCAGAUGCACAUUGGAGCAGCCCCACCGCCACAGUUCAACAGAAUGGAAGAGAUGGGCGUUCAGGGAGGGCGAGCAAAGCGUUACUCGUCGCAACGUCAGCGGCCUGUCCCAGAACCUCCUCCACCAGUGCACAUAAGCAUAAUGGAUGGGCACUACUAUGACACAUUACAGUUCCAGGGACCGAUCUACACUCACAGCGAGAAUCCUGCCCCGUUACCUCCACAAAGAGUGAUUGUUCAGCCAGAAAUGCAUCUCCCACAUCCAGGAUUGCAUCCCCACCAGACACCUGCACCUUUAGCGAACCCGGGUUUGUAUCCUCCGCCGGUCUCCAUGCCUCCUGGACAGCCACCGCCGCCACCACCACCUCCACAACAACUGCUGGCACCAACCUAUUUCCCUCCUCCUCCCGGAGUGAUGAAUUUUGGCAGCCCUAGUUACCCCUAUCCUCCAGGAGCUCUCCCACCACCCCCACCUCCCCACCUUUACCCCAACGCUCAAGCCCAGUCUCAGGUGUAUGGAGGGGUCACCUAUUAUAAUACAGUCCAGCAGCAAGUGCAGCCAAAACCUUCUCCACCACGAAGAACAUCCCAGCCGGUUACUAUCAAGCCACCACCUCCUGAGGUUGUAAACAGGGCUCCAGUUAACAUUUCUAAACGCUUUUAAAGGAUGGCAGAAAUGAAAAAUCCAGAGAGAGAAGCAACACUUAAAGGACUCAGCCUUUUACUGAUUUCAGUAAGGUAGCAGAGUUGGCAUCGGUGCCAAACAGAAGGCAACUCCACAGAGUGGAGUUUUUCCUCUUGUUCUUUUGGUAAUAGGCGAUGCGCAUGGAUGUGUGCCCUUCUGCGAGGCCACAUUGUGUCAGUAUCGUGAUUGGGGCCAGACUGCUGAUCAGGAGAGCACCAGCGAAAUCACACAUCUUUCCAGUCUCCCUCUCACCCUAAUGCAAAGAGGCUAUACAAAUGUUGGAUGUAGGAUUUCUCUGCUCACUGAGAGAGAAGCAGUCUCAUUCUAUUGUUUUCUAAGUGUGGCUGUUUGUAGACGUCCUUAUGUUAAUUCCCCUUUGAAGAACUUGACAUAGUUUUAUUUCUGUUCUGUUUAACUGGUCUUGUUAAUUUUACUUGAGUUGUGUGAAUAUGUUCUUUGCUGAUCCCCCCCCCCUUUAAAUAAUUUAAUUUUAAAGAAAAUCAUCCUAGUGAAAAGUCUUAGUUUCUUGGAUUAAAAUUAAAGAGGACUCUCGGGAGGGUCAUCUGUCUACAAGCGGAAGUUGUCUUUUUGAAUUCAUUUCCUAGGGAAAUUAUCCUGAAUUUAAAAAUUAGCCCCAGCAGCACAAGUGUGCUUUACCCUUUCCGCCCUGAGCUCUUCCCAGCAUCGCCACCAUAUUGAGAAAGGGCAAAAUCAUUAAACGUGCUCCAGUAAACCCAAUAUAUGCUUCUGUGUUGAAUAGCCUGCAAUAACCUGUAAACAUGGAAAGUUUGUUUUCUCCUCUGACCCUUACAACAGCACUGACUGUUUUUCGGAACCUUUCUAGUGUCAUCAGGCUAUUGGACUGUUUGCUUGCACUUUGCAGCUUACACUUUGCCUGCCAACUUGCAUGGCUUUGUAUGCUUUUCUGAUUCAUUUACAAAACCAUUGCUGUUAGGUGGCCAGCCAACAGCUAUUUAUACUGGGAGGGGAAAUUCCCAGCACUGGCACAAGUUUGCUGCAAGUUAUUCUGGGCACCUUUGCUUUUUACUUCUGCUCACAGAUGUGGAGCUUCAUACCUGAAAUACCAGGGUGCAUUUUUUUUAGUUUGAUAACCCUUUUAAUUUAAUUUUUUAAAAAACAAGUACUACUGGCAUUUAGAUAAAAUCUCUUGAUGUUUUGAAGUAUGGUGGUUGUUUUGAAGUAUGUUCUACUUUAACGCCUGGAAUUUACCCUUUUAACAUAUCAGUCUUGAAACCUUAGACCUAAUGACACUGUGAUAGCUUUUUUGUUAAUAAAUUUUUUGUCCCUGUUCUUCCUUGAGUGCCCUCUUUUGUAAAUGGUAUUCCUUGAUGUACAAAAGAUAGUAGAAAUUGCUAGGUUGUCAUCUUUUGUUUCUUGGGUCUCGCAGCAAAUCUACAAAGGAAGGCUUGCAUAUGAUAACCUACAACCUGAAAUAGAUGCAAAUAAUUAACAGAAUCAUGGAAAUGUAUGUCAUGCAUUUUAUUUCAUUUAUUGCUUAUACAAGUCGACCUCAUAUAAGCCUAGGGGUUUGUAGCUGAAGGGAGGAGAGUGUCACCACUGCCUAGGCAUUCAGAAAGUUCAGAAGUGGCACCACAGCAGAGAGAUACAGGAGCAGUGCUUUUUUAGGUUCUUCUAGAACCCACUGAUCUCUUGCCUUUUGCCUCUGUACUCAGAGAAGGGAAUGUAUUUUGUUGAUAACACUUAAAAGAACAGCACUCGCAUAGGACCCAUGGAUAAGUCGACCCAGGUUUUGGGGGUUAAUUUUUUUGACUAAAGUUUUUAGUUUCAUUUAAGUUGGUUUCAUCUUCUAAAACAUUAGCAAAUGUUGUUUUGAAAAGAUGAGAUUGGCAGGUGAGCAGAUAGAAUAUUUUUUAAAUGAGAUGAGUGGUUGUUAUACCAAAGUGCAGCUGUAUUGAAUAUGGAAUCCCUUUUGACGAUUUUUCUUAAUAAAAAUAGGACUACCUAAAUUCCAAUUGCUUUAUAAGCCUUCUCUUGGGGCCACUACUGCUUUUCUUCUUAAACUGUGGGACCCAACUUCAGAUAGCUGAACUUUGGGGUCUCAAAAAUUUGUCAACAGUAAAGGUAUUUGUUAGGGCCAGCUUCUGCCAACCUAGCUGUUCGAAAACAUGCAAAUGUGGGUAGAUCAAUAGGUAACGCUUUUGCGGGAAGGUAACAGCACUCCAUGCAGACAUGAUGGCCACAUGACCUGGGAGGUGUCUACGGAUAACACCAGCUCUGGCUUAGAAAUGGAGAUGAGCACCACCUCCCAGAGUCAGACAUAACUAGACUUAAUGUCAGGGGAAACCUUUACCUUUACUUUUUUUAAAGGUAUCUAAACACCACUCAUUUAGCAACAACAUGCAGAGGUUACAAUGGACCCUGCAGAAAAUGCUUCAGCUGUACUCCACAAAAAAGGACAAUCAGACAGUUUAGCAAAUCUUGCAAGUGCUGAUUUAUUGUCAGUAAAUGUAAUAUUUGGGCCUAUUUUAUUUUCCCAGGGGUAUGUUAACAUUUCUAGGGCAGAAAGGGCUUGUCAUUGAAAAAAGAAGCCCUGCACUGCUGCAUACGUGUCUAAGGAAGAGAGAUUUGCCAUGUUUACAAAAAACACACAAGGAAAAUGUGGGAGGCUUGAUUGAAAUUUUUUAUUGCACCCGUUAAAUGCACCCACUCAUUUCUUAGCUGAGGACUUCUACUUACUUUUUAGUUUUUUUGAGUCCUCUAUAUAAUAGUGGACAUGUUGCAUUCUCUCUGAGACAGCAUGACCUCGCAAUAAGCAACUGAGUGAACAAAUGCAGUCUGUCCAUUUGUUCUCAUUAACAUCCCUCCCAGCAGAGGGCAGCAUACCGCACACUGAGCCUUUCUAUGGGCCAUCGGUGAGUGUUUCUUGAAAAAUUGAAAUUAAUCUCAUUCAUUGGACAAUUCCUCAACUCUUUGACUUUUGAUUGGCCUGCAGUAAAGUAAUGCAAACAAGGAGGAGUAUAAAUUCUUCUUUGAAGGAAGAAUUUGGCUAACAGUAUAGCAACAAAAAGAAACCUCAAAGUAUAUAUAUCUAAAAUGAUGCUGAAUAAGGCUAUAGUGUGAAGAAAGAAGAGUAGAAAGAACAUAACCUACGGGGAAAGUAUCCCCCUCCAAAAAAUAUGUAUUUAAAAAGUGCCUGGGGUUUUUUAUUGGCAUGGCCAUUAAUUUAGCCUUAAUUCAUCAUCUGUAAAAUAGGUUUAACAUUGAAUUUAAAAGUCAGGAACCAAAUCCAAGAAAUAAGAUUAAGUACUUUGCAAAAAUCCUCCAUGACACAAACAUCAUAUUUCCACUUGGGAUGUGCCAACAAUAAGUUUAGCUUUGUAAGCAAGCCAAUAUUAGUGUUGUAAGAUGUGAAUACAUUAGCCAAAGCUAAUGCCACUACCUAUACCCCACAAAUGCUUGAUGAAGAAAUAUUCAGCUAUCCCUACAAUCUAAUAGAAAUGCGUCCACGGUUUUUACAGGGUCUUACGUGGAGGAACUGUUCAAAGUGGGUCCGUAUCAUUUUAAUGAAUUCAGAGGAAUGGAACCAUAUGUUUCCUGUUAUAUUCGCUUUCUUGGAGCCCAGAUCUCUGAUGAAAACACCAGAAUCUUUAUUCUUGGCAGCUCCAAAGCAAACAGUUACACAAUAGCAGCCCAGCCGUCAUGUCGAUGUUUCCUUCUUAGUCUGACUAGUGCCUUAAACCCACCAAGCAGGGUUUAUCCAGCUCUGUCCAUAUUUAAAGUAUACCCCUGCCUGGCCUUUGUGGAGUGACUGACCAUGAUAUAAGCUAAUCCUCUAGGAUGGUUACUGCAAAAGUUAUCUUGAAGUGGAGCUGAAACCAACUACCAAGGAAACUGGCAACCAGUCAACUUUAAUGGCUGGAACAAAUAGGGCAGAAAACUGGUCCUUGAUAUGAAACUCAUAAGGCAUUUUAAUACUUUGUGCUGCCUCUGGAAGGCUUGCCUUCAUUGAUGGGGCAUAUGGGAAAAAAUUCUUUUUAGUAAACAUUGCAUUUUGUUAUAUAUGUGAAUACUGCAGUGUAUAAACGCACAGCAUAUGUAGCUUUCUUCAUUUUGACCUACCCCCCUUGACUCUUUCUACAUGGGCCACAUAUGUAUGGGCAAAUCACAGGAAUAGGGGUGAGAAAUAAGUCACCUACUCACCUUGGUAAGUGUGUCCUUAAUAUAGCUGGGAGGAUUUCAAGACUGCCGGUUAAUAUAAACGACUGUUACACUUCUGCAAUCGAUCCAGGGCUUAUUUUUCCACCCUGGGAUCCAAAGUAAACCAGGAAUGGCCAGUAAUGCAUUUUGGGGGGGAAAGUGAUGGUGCUAAAUUAUUCUUAUCAGGCUCUAGCAAACUAUUUAAAAGUCAGAUUAUGCUUCUGGAGCCUUUUUGGGAGAUGAGUUCUGCUUUAUUUGUUGGUUUUUAAAAAGGCGGUCCAUUGAGUCUAGCAACAAUGUUAAGAAAACAACCUGGAUUUUUUUUUUCUAAUACUCUAAAUAUCAGAUUUAACUGGUUUAAAUAUAAUCAAACACAUUCAACGCUUUAUGUAUAAAUUAUUGUAAUGGGAUGUGUAAUAAAGUAAAGAGUACAGUAUAUUCUUCCCUUAUAUUUAAUAAAAAUGACUAUAUCUGAAGGAACACUAUUUUUAAGGUCAUGUAAGUUAAAGAUAAUUGUACUUUAUAUCAGCAGUUUGUGUUUUACUCAGUUAUAACUAGUACUUACAGUUUCAUUCAUGUACUGUCCACUCUACUUAUCAGUUCUGUUUAAUGUUAAGAAUAGAUUAUUUCAGUACAAUUUGUUGAACAUUUUGUGUUAUUAAAGGAUGUCAGUAAAUCUGUGGACAGGCAAUUUAUCACAACUACUUGUACUUUGUGACUGAUUGCAAAGUAAGAAAUUUUGUGAAAUAGACGCUUAGCAGAGUGUUCAUUUGUUAGUCUACUUGGAGCAUGUUGUCAGUGUUUGCUCCUUCAAAAAAUAACUAGGAUUUCAUAUUAUAUUUUAGUCCAUUUGCCAUCACGGAUUGUGAUUUAACAAUCCAGACAGCUGUGGAUAAACCUUUGUGUUGUAUACAUGUGUGUAGGCAUACCUUUGUUAAUAAAGCCUCUGACAAAGAA